AUGAUUAUUUUUGGUGUUCUGAUUAUUCGUAAUGUUCGUAAUGUUCAAAAUCGUAUUGCUCCGCAUGGCGAUAAUGCACGAAUGGAACGUUUACGUUCACAUGAUCGUCAACUAGUUAUUAUGCUUUUAUUUCAAGUACUUAUUACUAUUCUAAUUUCAGUCCCUUAUGCCAGUCUUUUUAUGUAUUAUGUAACAAUUACACUUAUACCAAAAUAUGAACCUUCAGUGUGGGAAGUGGCGAUUACUUAUUGUUGGAAUAUUGUGGCUACACUUCUUUAUGCCACUAAUCCUGUAAUUGGCUUUUAUAUCUACACACUCACGGGUCCGAAAUUUCUUGCCGAAUUAAAAUGUUGUUUUCGCAACGGCCUGCACUCUAUGUUAACCACAUUGGGUUUGGUAAGAUGUCUACCUUUAGGAAUACAACAAACAUUGUUGGGUACCGCCGUAAUUUCUAAUAGCAUUGCUGUUAUGAUGCAAAGUAGAAGAAAAAAUAAUGCUCUUCCUACUCAGCAAUAA